GCACUUGGGGACUGUCGUUGGACUGCGGUGAAACCAUGGCAAAGCGUUGGAGUGCCAACUCUUUGGUGGCACAAGUACUGCUAAUCUGCUUAGUUGGGACAAAUGUAGAGGUUUUGGGCCAGAAGGGUGCUCAAUUUUCUCAGGGAUCACCACCAGCCCAACCAGGUUUGCAACCAACCUCAACUCACUAUACGGCUGGAUGGCCAAGCUAUCCUGGACAGAAUCCACAGACAAAUGUCCAACCGGUUGUCAAGCCAAGCUAUCCUGGACAGAAUCCACAGACAAAUGUCCAACCAGGUUCACAGCCAACCUCAACUCAUUACGCACCAAAUGUCCAACCGGGUGGAUGGCCAAGCUAUCCUGGACAGAAUCCACAGACAAAUGUCCAACCGGGUGGACAGCCAAGCUAUCCUGGACAGAAUCCACAGACAAAUGUCCAACCGGGUGGAAAGCCAAGCUAUCCUGGACAGAAUCCACAGACAAAUGUCCAAACGGGUGGACAGCCAAGCUAUCCUGGACAGAAUCCACAGACAAAUGUCCAACCAGGUUCACAGCCAACCUCAACUCAUUACGAAUCAAAUGUCCAACCGGGUGGACAGCCAAGCUAUCCUGGACAGAAUCCACAGACAAAUGCCCAACCAGGUGGAUGGCCAAGCUAUCCUGGACAGAAUCCACAGACAAAUGUCCAACCGGAUGUCAAGCCAAGCUAUCCUGGACAGAAUCCACAGACAAAUAUCCAACCAGGUUCAAAGCAAACCUCAACUAAAUACGUACCAAAGGCCCAACCGGGUGGAAAGCCAAGCUAUCCUGGACAGAAUCCACAGACAAAUGUCCAACCGGGUGGACAGCCAAGCUAUCCUGGACAGAAUCCACAGACAAAUGUCCAACCGGGUGGACAGCCAAGCUAUCCUGGACAGAAUCCACAUACAAAUGUCCAACCAGGUGGAUGGCCAAGCUAUCCUGGACAGAAUCCACAGACAAAUGUCCAACCGGAUGUCAAGCCAAGCUAUCCUGGACAGAAUCCACAGACAAAUAUCCAACCAGGUUCAAAGCAAACCUCAACUAAAUACGUACCAAAGGCCCAACCGGGUGGAAAGCCAAGCUAUCCUGGACAGAAUCCACAGACAAAUGUCCAACCGGGUGGAAAGCCAAGCUAUCCUGGACAGAAUCCACAGACAAAUGUCCAACCGGGUGGACAGCCAAGCUAUCCUGGACAGAAUCCACAUACAAAUGUCCAACCAGGUUCACAGUCAAGCUAUACUCAGUAUCGUCGACCAACAAGCAGCCAACAGACUCCACCGUCAAAACCGUCUCAACAUUCUCAAAUAUUCCAGGAUCGCCCUUUCCAGAACCCAUAUGACCCACCACCACAGAAACCUCAUCAACCAAAACCUCCACAACUACCACAACUUCCACCGCAAACAUAUCAACCCCCGCAAGCACAUCGACCACCGCAAGCAUAUCAACCACCGCAAGCACAUCAACCACCGCAAGCACAUCAACCACCGCAAGCACAUCAACCACCGCAAGCACAUCAACCACCGCAAGCACAUCAACCACCGCAAGCACAUCAACCACCGUCGCGCCCUAAGGUGCCAGAGACACCUGGGGAGCUGUUUUGUGACGUGGAAGAAAGUGUGAAAAUCACAUGUGGCGGUCAUGAUAUCUCUGCUGCUGGAUGUGAAGCAAUAAACUGUUGCUUUGACGGCCGACAGUGCUUCUUCGGAAAGGCAGUGACUGUCCUCUGCACAAAGGAUGGCCAGUUCGUUGUUGUAGUGGCCAAAGAUGCGACUCUGCCCAACCUGGACAUCGAAACAAUUUCACUGUUCGGGGAAGGUCAAGUUUGUUCAUAUGUUGACUCUAAUUCAGCAUUUGCUAUCUUCCAAUUCCCUGUCACUGCUUGUGGCUCUUUUGUUACGGAGGAGCCUGGUGUUAUAAUCUAUGAGAACAGGAUGUCAUCCUCAUAUGAGUUACAAGUUGGGCCUAAUGGAAUCAUUACCAGGGACAGCUCCUUUGAUUUGCUCUUCCAGUGUAGGUACACGGGCACUUCCAUAGAAACUUUGAUUAUCGAAGUAUUACCAUUACAAAAUCCUCCUCUACCAGUUGCUGCUCUGGGACCUAUUAGAGUACAACUGAGGUUGGCUAACGGAGAAUGCUUAUCAAAGGGCUGUAAUGAAUUUGAAGCAGCCUAUACCUCUUUCUAUACGGAGGCCGACUACCCUGUGACCAAGGUACUGCGGGACCGAGUGUUCGUGGAGGUUCAGCUCCUUGAAAAGACAGAUCCAAACCUUGUCCUGACUCUUGGUCACUGUUGGACAACUACAGGCCCCAAUCCUCACAGUCUGCCUCAGUGGGACCUUCUGAUAGAUGGGUGUCCAUACAGGGAUGAUCGCUACAUGUCCUCACUGGUUCCAAUCGGCCCCUCUUCUGGUCUGGCCUUCCCGGGUCACUACAGGCGUUUCAUUUUCAAAAUGUUUACCUUUGUAGACAGCAGCUCACUACAGGCCCUGAGGGAGCAGGUGUACAUUCACUGUAGUACAGCUGUGUGCACUCCUGGAGGAGGCCGCUCCUGUGAGCCGCCAUGCUUCAGGAAAAAGAGAGAGACCGGCGCAACACCCCAGACAGGGAAUGAGCCAAAAGUGGUGAUUACUGUUGGGCCUGUGACCAUGGUUGACGAUCAAUCACCAAAGAGCGUCUAGGUCAACAAUUUGGCCGUCAACAAUUAAUGUUUCAUCUGGAGCAUUAAGAUGGUUCAGUUAUGCUAAAAACUAAAAAACCAAGUCUGCAACAGGAAGAAUGAAAUGAAUCACCAGUCUUGUAACCAAAUUUGUAUUAAAAAGAUGAUACGCUAUAAA